AUGACGCACAUGGUAACGGUGGUCGUGUGGGUGCAGAGGGUCGCGAGAAUUACCACGGGAAGUAUGACGAGGGUCGUGCUAAAUAUCAUCCUGCGGGUCACACCGGGACUAAACCGCUCAAACAGCGAUUUCUCCGUUGAGCAAGGUGGGAGGUCGAUAGAGGAUGAAUCUAGUCACAAGCUGUUCGGUGCUGUGCAAGGUGGAUCAUUAAUGGCAGGGGGCACUAGCCAAACAAAUACCAUUUUUGUCGAGCUGGUCACGCCCGUUGGUCUGAUCACUCCCAGCGGCUUUCCAUAUCCUUGGACAUCGACUUGA